AAGCAGAUAAUAGUCCCCCAUAAUUAAGCCUUGAAGGGAGAGAGAGAGAGAGAGAGAGAGAGGUUUCUCUUAAACUCCUCCAUUACAGAAAGAAAGGAAAAAGAAAACUGAGAGUUAAAAGAAUGAUUAAUAAUAAAAGAAGAAGAAGAAGAAGAAGAUUAAAAGGUGAUUUUAAAGAAAAAAAAGUAGAGAGAGAAAGUGUAAAUUCAGACAAACAAACAGGCAGAGAGAGAGAGAGUCACAUGGCAUGUGAGCAAAUCCCUGUGUCCACUCCCUCCACUUGAUAAAUACCCUUCUUACCUUCCUUAUUCCGAAUUUUGACUCUCUCUCUCUCUCUCUCUCUCCCUCUAUCUAAACCAGCAGGUAUAGCUUCUGAGCUCUCUCUAAUGGCAGGCCUCAGAACCUAAAACCAAAACCUCUUCUUUUAGCACCUCAAAAGUGAACUUACAAAAUGAAACCCCACAAAGCUAUUUCGCACCACCACUCUCACUUCUCCUUCCCCUUCCUUCUCCUUCUUCUUCACUUACUCUUUCUCCAAGCCUUCUCUGCAACUCGCCCUGCAUCCUCAUCUUCUUCGUCUUCUGCUUACAGAGACACCCAGAAGCUCCUCAACUUCAAAUACUCUCUUCCAAACCCAACCCUUCUCCCCACCUGGCUCCCCAACCAAAACCCAUGUACCUUUAAUGGUAUUUCCUGCAAGCAAACCGGGGUUUCCUCCAUAGACCUCAGCGGCACCGCCUUAAACACCAAUCUCACCCUUGUCUCCACUUUCUUGAUGACACUUGAUUCCCUUGAAUCUCUCACUCUAAAAUUAACUUCUCUCUCAGGCUCCAUCUCCUUCCCUUCUAAAUCCAAGUGCAGCCCUCUCCUCACCACCAUAGAUCUAGCUGAGAACUCCUUGUCAGGCCCAAUAUCCGAUGUCUCCAUCUUGGGUGCUUGCUCUGCCUUGAAGUUUCUCAAUCUCUCUUCAAACUCUCUUGAUUUCUCCACCAAGGACUCUACAGGGUUCAGGCUCAGCCUCCAGGUUCUUGAUCUUUCAUACAACAAGAUUUAUGGCCCAAACGUGGUCCCUUGGAUAUUAUCCAACGGUUGUGGUGACUUGCAGCAACUGGUUUUGAAAGGGAACAAGAUAUCAGGGGAGAUGAGCAGUGUUUCUAGCUGCAAGAAAUUGGAGCACUUGGACUUGUCCUCCAACAAUUUCUCUGUGUCAGUUCCUACUUUUGGUGAUUGCUUGGCUUUGGACCACCUUGACAUCUCUGGAAAUAAGUUUUCAGGCGACAUUGGGCGCGCUAUAUCUGCCUGCAACCACCUCACUUUCUUGAACCUCUCCGUCAACCACUUCUAUGGUCAAGUUCCAGACAUGCCCACAAAGAAGUUGAAGUUUCUUUCACUUGCAGGAAAUGGGUUUCAAGGUACAUUUCCUAUGAACUUAUUGGAUACUUGUGCAGAGCUUGUGGAGCUCGAUCUUUCGUCGAAUAACCUUACCGGUACGGUUCCUGAUGCAUUGACCUCUUGUACUUUGUUGGAGUCCUUGGACCUGUCCAGAAAUAACUUUUCUGGUGAAUUGCCUGAUUCUCUGUCCAAGCUUGCAACUUUGGAGCGUUUGGAUCUCAAUUCCAACAAUUUGUCUGGGCCAAUUCCUGUUGGGCUCUGUGGAGAUCCCAGGAACAGCUGGAAGGAGUUGUACCUUCAGAACAAUCAGUUCAUUGGUACUAUUCCUCCAACUCUGAGCAACUGUUCUCAGCUGGUUUCUCUUGAUUUGAGCUUCAAUUACCUCACGGGCACCAUCCCUUCAAGCUUGGGGUCUCUGUCGAACCUUCGCGAUUUGAUCAUUUGGUUGAAUCAGCUUAGUGGGGAAAUCCCACAAGAGCUAAUGAACCUUCGGUCACUUGAGAAUCUUAUUCUAGACUUCAAUGAGCUGACUGGGUCCCUUCCUGUUGGGCUAAGAAACUGCACCAGUUUGAAUUGGAUUUCAUUGUCAAACAACAAUUUGAGCGGUGAGAUUCCUGGGUGGAUUGGGAAGCUUUCAAAACUUGCAAUACUCAAACUCAGUAACAACUCAUUCUAUGGAAACAUUCCUCCGGAGCUCGGUGACUGUAAGAGCUUGAUAUGGUUGGAUCUCAAUACCAACUUCUUGAAUGGUACAAUCCCUCCUGCGCUUUUCAAACAAUCUGGCAACAUUGCAGUGAAUUUUAUCGUUUCCAAAACGUAUGCAUAUAUCAAGAAUGAUGGUAGCAAAGAGUGCCAUGGAGCAGGGAAUUUGCUCGAGUUUGCAGGGAUCAGAGACGACCAACUGAAAAGGAUUUCGACAAGAAAUCCUUGCAACUUCACUAGAGUGUACAGAGGUAUAAUCCAACCAACGUUUAACCACAAUGGGUCUAUGAUUUUUCUUGAUCUUUCACAUAAUUCGUUAUCUGGUAGCAUUCCCAAAGAGAUCGGGAUGAUGUACUAUCUCUAUAUUUUGAAUUUGGGCCAUAACAACAUAUCUGGUUCAAUCCCAGAAGAGCUUGGAAAAUUGAGAAGCGUUAACAUUUUUGAUCUCUCUAGCAAUAUUCUUGAGGGGACUAUUCCACAGUCUCUGACUGGCCUUUCCUUGCUCAUGGAGAUUGAUCUAUCAAACAACCGUUUAUCUGGAUUGAUUCCAGAGUCGGGUCAAUUUGAGACAUUCCCUGCCUACAGAUUCAUCAACAAUUCAGGCCUCUGUGGCUACCCUUUAUCUCCAUGUGUCAGAGCUUCUGGGCCAAGUGCAAAUGCGCAUCAAAAGUCUCAUCGGCGACAAGCAUCCCUGGUGGGCAGUGUGGCAAUGGGAUUGCUCUUCUCCCUUUUCUGCAUCUUUGGUUUGCUUAUUGUUGCCGUCGAAACCAAGAAAAGGCGAAAAAAGAAGGCUUCAGCCCUUGAUGUUUAUAUCGACAGUCGUAACCAAUCAGGCACUGUCAAUGGCUGGAAGCUACCUGGGACUAAGGAAGCGUUAAGCAUCAACCUUGCCACAUUUGAGAAGCCCCUUCAAAAGCUCACUUUUGCAGACCUUCUUGAGGCCACCAAUGGUUUCCACGACGACAGCCUUAUAGGCUCUGGUGGUUUUGGUGAUGUAUACAAGGCCAAACUGAAAGAUGGCAGCAUUGUAGCCAUCAAGAAAUUGAUACAUAUCAGCGGACAGGGUGAUCGUGAAUUCACUGCUGAAAUGGAAACAAUAGGGAAGAUCAAACACCGAAACCUUGUUCCCCUCCUUGGAUACUGCAAAGUAGGAGAAGAACGGCUUUUGGUUUAUGAGUACAUGAAGUAUGGAAGCUUAGAUGAUGUUUUACAUGAGCCAAAGAAAGCUGGCAUCAAGCUGAACUGGGCUGCAAGGAGGAAAAUUGCGCAUGGGUCUGCGAGGGGACUGGCCUUUCUUCACCACAUGUGCAUCCCACACAUCAUUCACAGGGACAUGAAAUCGAGCAACGUGCUGCUCGAUGAAAAUUUGGAAGCCAGAGUCUCUGAUUUUGGAAUGGCAAGGCUUAUGAGUGCAAUGGACACCCAUUUGAGCGUGAGCACUCUAGCAGGCACACCUGGUUAUGUCCCUCCUGAAUACUACCAGAGCUUCAGAUGUUCUACGAAAGGUGAUGUUUAUAGUUAUGGAGUAGUAUUGCUUGAGCUGCUGACAGGAAAGCGUCCUACAGAUUCAGCAGAUUUUGGUGACAAUAAUCUUGUGGGUUGGGUAAAACAACAUGCUAAAUUGAAAAUAAGUGAUGUUUUUGAUCCAGAGCUCAUGAAAGAGGACACGAGCCUUGAGAUUGAGCUUUUACAGCAUUUAAAGGUAGCUUGUGCUUGUUUGGAGGAUAGGCCAUGGCGGCGUCCGACAAUGAUUCAAGUCAUGGCAAUGUUCAAGGAAAUCCAAGCAGGGUCUGGGAUUGACUCUCAAUCAACCAUAGCCACUGACGACGGAGGUUUUGGUGCGGUUGAAAUGGUAGAAAUGAGCAUAAAAGAAGUCCCUGAAAGCAAGCAGUAGCCCAAAAAGCCAUGCCAAUUUUCAAGAGAAUUCUUUGGAAGAAAGAAGAAACAAGGUGGAGAUGAUACUUUCAGCUCCCCCAAUUUUUUUCCCUCUUCUUUACAACUUCAAAUGCUGUGAAGCUGCCUGUUUUGCUGUACCAUUUAAUGUAUGUAAUCUUGUUAUUUAUACAUAGAAGGUUGUUUAACUUGUUAUAAAUGUGUAUAUAAACAGCUUCAGUUGUCAUGCUGCUUAAAUUUGGUUCUCAGUUUCUUUCUUUUU